GGCCCACGCCAUUGCUCCCAAAUUGUCAGGCAGAGACGCCAAGGCAGACUGGACCAUCCACAGCUGUGUCCUGCUGUGAGCUGGUGCCCCGUGCAUCCUUCUGGAGGCCUGGUCACAGCCCCAUAGUCCCAGCCACACCCAGAAAGGCCAGUGAGGAUUUGGUGUGGGGUGGGGUGGUCCUGAGAGGUAGAGGCCCCACUAGGGUCCUGUGGCAGGCAAGAGUGGGUGGGGUAUUGUGGACAGGAAGCGGAAGUGUCGGGUAACCCCUAGCUGCAGUUGAGCUCCAGAGCUCACUUCUCGCUCAACCCAGCCAGAGCCGGAGGUGGGCACCCGGCGUGAGGCCAGCAGACCAAUGGCUCUGCUCUGUGCCCUUGGUCUUGGCGCGCUGCUGGCCUUGCCAGGGGCCCUGGGUUCAGGUGGUGCAAAGGACAGCGUGGGCUCCAGCUCUGUUACUGUAGUGCUGCUGCUGCUGCUGCUCCUGCUGCUGGUCACCGGCCUGGCCCUGGCCUGGCGCCGCCUCAGUCGUGACUCGGGGGGCUACUACCACCCAGCCCGCCUAGGCGCUGCGCUGUGGGGCCGCACCCGCCGCCUCCUCUGGGCCAGCCCCGCAGGCCGCUGGCUGCAGGCCCGCACUGAUAUGGGGUCACUAGAUGACCCAGAGCAGCAGGAGGACGAGCAGGAGGCAGAAGAUGAGGACAUCACAGAUGGUGGCCAAGAGGAAGCUGAACCCCAGGAAGAGCAGCAGCGAUGCAGAACAGGACCCCGCCUGGAACAGGCCGAGGAAGCGCAGGACAGUGACGUGGAAGGGGGCCUGGACCUUGGCUCCCAGGGGCCAAUGGGCUCAGGGGGCAGUGCGGAGGCCCUGCUGAGUGACCUGCACGCCUUCUCAGGCACUGCAGCCUGGGACGACAGUGCUGGGGCAUCGGGGGGACAGAGCCUCCACGUGACGGCACUAUAGAGGCUCGCCUCAGUGUUCCAUCCCCGCCACAACCUCUCACUAGCCUCUGCUUCCCAAGUGCCACAGUGGAACAGCCCGCGCUGGACCUGCUGUCACUCCCAUCCACCCAUGGAGCACCUUGGACGUCACCCCCACCAAGUCCCAGGCCUGUGCAGCCCCACCCCCUCCAAAGGCCACCUCCAGGUAGCCCGUGGGCACUGGACUACUAUUUGAAAUAAAACCUCUCCAGU